GACCACAGAAAGAAGAGGAGGAACAGAACCACGCAAUCUUGCUUGUCCUGUCAUCAGAAUAAGAGAAAGUGUGAUCGAGGUCGUCCCUGUGGCAGAUGCAUCACUCUGGGCCUGACCGGUUUCUGCGUCUACGAGGUCGGCGAGAAGACACGAGAUAAAGAUACAGAUGAAGUAACAAGCCUCCGGAAUCGCGUUGCUGAACUCGAAGGCGUCGUCCGCGAACUAAAG